UAAUCGCGCGAUUAAUGACUUGCCAAAUUAGCUAAGAUUACAGCAAAUUUAAUUCCCGAUUAUACUCAUAAUCCCCUUCCCCUCCGCUUAAAAUACUCAACCCUCUGCGCUUUUCUCUCUCUAGAAACGCUCCAUUUCCGCCCUCCUUGCCUUCUUUAAUCAACGCAUGUAAUUUAAAUACUUAAUUUUUUUUUGGUUUUUGUUUUUGUUGCUGGCGUAGAGGAACUGAUACGUUUUGCCUUAAAUACUCUGUUUCUGCUUCCUCACUCCCAAAGUCAACAUGCUGAUACGUUGAAAUCACUCUCUCACUCCGCUGCGGACUUCCAUUUUCGAGCACAUGCCGCUGCCCAUUUCGAAGGAGGAGAAAAGGGCUCAGCUUUGCGUAUAAAAAAACCAUUCUUCUUCUUGUUCAGAGAGAGAGAGAGAGGAUGAAGAAUGAAGAGCAGGCGCGUUCCCUCUUUGGGAUUUCGCUGACCGAGAGACCCAGAUGGCAGCAGUUUCUCAUUUGCUCAACUGGGUUUUUCUUCGGUUAUCUUGUUAAUGGGAUCUGUGAGGAAUAUGUGUAUAACAGACUUCAAUUCAGUUAUGGGUGGUACUUCACCUUUGUGCAGGGAUGGGUGUACAUUUUGCUGAUAUAUCUCCAAGGAUUCACCACCAAGCAAAUGGUGAAUCCAUGGAAGAGUUAUGUGAAGCUCUCAGCUGUGCUCAUGGGUUCCAAUGGCCUCACCAAGGGCUCCUUGGCCUUCCUCAACUACCCUGCCCAGAUCAUGUUCAAGUCCACCAAGGUUCUCCCGGUGAUGGUGAUGGGGGCGUUCAUUCCUGGCCUGAGACGGAAAUACCCUCCCCACGAGUAUAUAUCCGCCGUGCUCUUGGUGGUGGGGUUGAUUCUGUUCACGCUGGCAGACGCCCAAACCUCUCCGAAUUUCAGCGUGGUGGGCGUGAUGAUGGUGUCGGGCGCCCUUGUUAUGGAUGCCUUCUUGGGGAAUCUGCAGGAGGCUAUCUUCACCAUGAACCCUGAGACGACACAGACGGAGAUGCUCUUCUGCUCCACGCUCGUGGGGAUGCCGUUCUUGAUCCCACCGAUGGUGUUUACGGGAGAGCUCUUCAGGGCUUGGGAUUCUUGCUCGAAGCAUCCCUAUGUUUACGGAGUUCUGAUCUUCGAAGCCAUGGCCACGUUCAUCGGGCAGGUGUCGGUCCUCUCCCUCAUCGCCCUGUUCGGGGCGGCCACCACAGCGAUGGUGACGACGGCGAGGAAAGCAGUGACGUUGCUGCUGUCGUACAUGAUCUUCACCAAGCCUUUGACAGAGCAACAUGGGAGUGGGCUGCUGCUCAUAACCAUGGGGAUUGUGUUGAAGAUGUUGCCUGAGAACAAGCCGCCUUCGAAGCGGCCGCCACCGGCCUCGACUCCGAAGUCGAAGGUCGAAACCGGCGAUGAACAAGACAGCAACAACAGCAGCACCAACAGUAGGUUUCAGAUAGGAAUUGAGGAAGAUGAGGAAAAGAGACCUUUGGUUUAAAAUUAAGUUAGAGCUUAGAUAAUUCCAUGGCUUUUGGCAUGUAUCAAACUCUUCAUUUCAUUAAUUAUGUUAUGAGAUAUUGCCCUACUUAAUAUUACUCCCCGUCCCUCAAAAA